AUGUCGUUGCCUGACGCAUCUGUUAUCGAAAAUCAAAUUUUAGAAUUAGAGAAUUUUGAAUUAACCAUGAAUCCUCAGCUUUUGGAUAGCACAAAGUUCAUUCCUCACCCAUCAAUACCGACUCCCGGUGAUUUUUAUUUUCAAUUGCUUGGGCUUUAUCUUAUAAAAAUGGAUCUUAUCUCGGCCAAAUUUCUUUGUAAACGAAUUCCUUCAUCGGUGAAAUCUAGCCAUCCCAGCCUUGAGUCAUUAUGGAACCUUGGUCGCCUACUUUGGCGGAAUGAUCUCCCUUUGUUUUUUGCCUCUGCAAACCGCAUUCUUGAAGACAGUUUUCAGCCUCAAAGCCUCGUUUUUAUUGUUCAGAAAUUGUUAUCGGACAAACAGGAAUCAGUACUUUGUCUAAUAGAAAAUGCUUACUCUUGUAUAUCAAUUGAGCAUGUCACGAGGUGGCUUGGCCUCCCUGAAGAAAAGCUUCAAGCGAUUAUAAGCUCUCGCGACUGGGAAAUUUGUAACAACAAAAAGUAUUUUUUCCCUAGGCGCAAGAAGAUUGUUGACGACUCCUUCCAGGUCCAAGCGUCUAAUACAGAACUAAUGUCUAAACUGGCUGAAUUUAUGUGCUUCAUUGAAAAUCAUUGA